AUGAAGUGGUUUUUCGUUGGGAGCUUUCUCGAAGCUGCGCGUCCAAUUUAUUUUGUGACCAGGGCUUUCUCGCUUUCGACUGUAACCAUCAACUUUCAGGAUCAAUCGGUCGAACAGACUCCGACUGAUCAACUAGUGCUGAUUCGGGGAAUACUGAUGUGCUGCUCGACACUGUACUUUUCCUUUCGAGUCUAUCGGGUACAGAUGCAGCAAUUGAGCGAUUCCAUGCUUCUAACCUAUGGUCUAUAUGGAUCGAUGAUUGUUUCCGUUUGCUCUCUAUUGACCACUAUUAUCUCGAACUAUGGAAAUGGCCUCGAGGUAUUCCGGGGUGCGACGAUUCUGAACAAGGUUGAUCAACAGACAACUUCCGAAAGGGAUCUACAGAAGCUCACCGAUACGGAAAGUUGCUGCAAAAUGGUCCGGAAGUUUGCCACGAUACACGCUCAGUUGAGUGACACGAUCGAAGUGUUUAACCGGUGCUUUUCCGCCCAGGCCAUGGUCGGCCUGGCAGCGGCUUUUGGAUUUACGGUUUUCUCGAUAUUCGGUGUGAUUCACUCGUACGCGACAAGCGCGAAUGAGACAACACUCCGCCUGGCAUGGUCCAACAUGACCUACGACGGGUUCUACAUAGCAUUAAUCGUUCAGUUAGUAGUAUUUUCUAGCUUGGUGUUUGUAGAGUGCAAACACACAUCGGUUAUGAUCCACAAGGCUCUCUGCUACGGCACGUAUGACAGGAAAGUACGUAAAGAGUUGAAAAUCUUUUCCCAGCAGCUAUGGCACCAUGCUCCAAAGGUAUCCUGCAGCCUAUUCCACUUUGAUUGGACAUUGUUUUAUACGAUGGCCUCAUCACUUACAACCUAUCUUGUUAUAUUGAUGCAGUUUGAUCUGACCAAUUUCGACUACGCAGGGUUGACGGAUAAGAAAAAUUUAGCGCCUCAAUGA